AUGGCAAAGAUUUCUGCUUUACUCAAACGGGCUGCCUAAUCUCCCAGAUUUCCUAUCUCGUCUCCACGUCUCUGGACUCUCGUUAGGCUGUCCCUGUUCUUGGAGGGGCCUGGCAUUCAGAUCAGAAGCGAGAGAGGGUCGUUGCUAUCCAUCCGUGUCUGAGAGUUAAUGCAUAUUGAUGAGGGAGGCUGAGCCCACGGCUCGUUCAAGCGCUCUGCAAAGAGGAGAGGCAGUCCAGUGACUAGGAACAGCGCUCGGGUGUUCCUCCUGCACAGACAGCUGCUGGCCGGUUCCUCUAGCCGAAUUGGUUUUCCUUCCUUCUCUCCAUCACUUGGGCCUACUGGAUGGGAUGCUGAGGGUCUGGGAUGCUCUAACGGACAAUUACAUCCCAUCCAUCACCGAAGACUUAAGGGAUCCCAACAUUGAAGUGCUCAACGGCAAUAUCUCCGACACAGAGUUCCCCCUAGAAAGAAUGGAGAUGAUGCUGACACUAAGUGGGGAAAAAAUCCCUCCUCUUAAAAGCCCUUCGGACAGCAGCAGUUUUGGUCUGUUGAUUACGGGUGUCAAGCAGAACUUCGAAGAAGCUGUUCUCCUUCAGUUCUCCAAGAUCCACGAGAAGGAGGAGGAAGAGCUUAAUGAGAAGAGUGAAAACGAUUCUGGUAUUAAUGAGGAACCUCUACUCACAGCUGAUCAGGUGAUUGAAGAAAUUGAGGAAAUGAUGCAAAAUUCCCCUGACCCUGAAGAGGAAGAAGAAAUUUUAGAGAAGGAUGAUGGUGGGGACACAAGCAGUCAGGCUGAUUCCAUCCUUUUGCAGGAAAUUCAGGCCUUGUCACAAAGCCUGAACAACAAUUGGUCAUGUGAAGGUUUGGGGCACAUGUCUGUCUCGGAGCUUCUGGAGCUCCUGGAUCGUGUGGAAGGUGCUAUUCAGGAUUACUCGGAGGAGCUGGUACAGCAGCUGGCUUGUCGAGAUGAACUGGAGUUUGAGAAGGAGGUGAAGAACUCCUUCAUCACCAUCCUGAUGGAGGUGCAGAACAAGCAGAAAGAACAUCGAGAGAUGAUGAAGAGGAGGAGGAAAGAAAAAGGGCUGAGUCUGCAAAACAAUCGAAUAGAAAGGGCAGCUCAGAUGCCUCUUAAGCGGUUCAGUAUGGAAGGAAUUUCAAAUAUUCUGCAAACUGGAAUCCGGCAGACGUUUGGAAAUUCAGCAACUGAAAAACAGUAUUUGAACACUGUCAUCCCCUAUGAGAAGAAAGGAGCACCUCCGUCAGUUGAGGAUUUGCAAAUGCUUACAAACAUUCUCUUUGCCAUGAAGGAAGACAACGAGAAAGUCCCUACAUUGCUGACUGACUACAUUUUAAAAGUUCUCUGUCCUACCUAAGCGCCACGUUCUGAGCAUCAUGAAGACAACAGGAGGUCAGGCCAGGGUGUCAUUCCAUCACAGGACUGCAUGACAUAAUGUACACUUCUGAAUUGUGUAUUUAAGAUGUAUAGCAUUAACUGGGGUUAAAUACGAGUGAAAUUCUAUCCUUCACUGUUGGUUUCUAGUCAUAGUCAACAUUGAAUGCAUGAGUGAAGGCAAGGGAUGCGCGUUCCCCCAUCCUCCUCUCCCCCCUCCUUCUCUCUUUUGUCCCCCUCUGUCUUGGAGGGCGGGCAUUGCUUUAUUCCAUGUACUCUCCCUCCCCCUUCCCCUAAGCAGUUAUGAGACUAAUUUGAAUACUGAAAUAAAACUUUCAUUUAAUUAAAAAGUUGUCGUAUUUCUUGAAUAUCUUAUUGUUGGGAGGAAAAGUUUCCUUACUGCCACAAACAAAUUCAUUUCGAUUUGGGUAAAAAGAUGAUUUCGUUUAGCACCCGCUAUGCAGACAAUAGAUUCACAGAUAUCAGUGAGAAGAGAAACCAAUCCAAUAUUUAAUUGGUAGAAAACUUUAAAAUGUUGGAGUGUAGGAAUCAAGAGAGCUGCUUCACUUCCAGGCUGUGCUGGGAGAAAAAAAGACGCUUCCUUUUCUUCACCUUGUGUGGAAUCUGAGUGAAGAUUCUAUACUCCUAUUUGGUACCCAUGGUCUGUUUGGCUGGACAAGGAACAACUUCUCAUUUCCCCAAGGCUGGCAUGUCCAGAUGAGGGUCUCUCUCUCUCUCUCUGUGUGUAUCUGUCCUCUCCCAGUGACAUCUCACCAAUGUAUUGGACUUUGACAUCCAGAUUCUCAAGCCAGCAUGGACAUACGUUGAAGAGAACCAGGUUGGGAAAG